AUGAGAAUUUCAAACUCUUCAGUGAGCCUGGCUAGAGAUUAUUCUGUGCAAGAUAGUUACCGUACUGGGUCAUAUAUAAGCUUACAAGCAUUAGCUACAGAUGUUGUUAAUAUUCCAGACGAACAGGUACCGUCAUACGAGGAAAUAAUGAAUCAAGACCAACAGAACAAUCAAGCUUUGAGGUCAGUUAAUCAGUCCAGAAGCAACUCAAUCCAAGAAGAAGUGGCUGUUGGCAGUAAUAACACUUCUCAAGAACGUUCAAAUACUCAGGAAAGACAAAGUUUGAAAGUUUUAGGUCUAAAUUUCCUUAACGCCAGACAACAUUUUGCAUUAGCAAUAUGUCGUGAUUCCGUUUUAAUUCCUUCAUUAUACAAUUCAUUCAAAUGUUUCAAACAGAGCUAUAACUUUUAUUAUUCACCAGAUCCAGAAUUCGAAAGUCAAGCUAUGUCUAUACUGACAAGACCAAGCUCUUCAGAGCAUUUCAUCGCUGGUAUAUGGUGUAUUGUUGCUGCCUACCUAUCAUUUUCAGUCAUUGAUGGGUUGAUGGUAAGAUGGAUAGUUACAUAUCAAACAGGGGCAGCCAUUCUUAGAGUCUUAGCACUAUCAAUGCUCCUUAUCACAAUUGAACAAGCUACCCUUGCCAUUUUGAGUCCCGAUGGGUUUUAUUCUUUGCAUACAUGGAUCUUGAUUUCUUGUAUAUUGACGGUGUUUUAUAUUGUUCAAAAUUUUGUCACUAGUAAUUUGGAUUUGAAAAAUGAUAAGAAACCAAGAAGCGUGGAUUAUUACAAUAUAACUGUCUUUGCAGUGGUUCCAAUUGGUGUUGCUAGUUUCAUUUCAAUGAUUGGGUUACUACGGGUUUUGUUAAUAUUGAGAUUAGAUUUAGAAAGGGAGAAGUAUGGUUUACAACUUUGA